GCGGGGCAUACGAACAUUGUUUACGGUAUCUGUGCAACAAGGAAAAUUCUCAUAAUCGGGAAGCGAUUGAGGUGUUGACAUCGAUUCCUCCCUCUACGAUCUGGGAAAAAUAGGCAGCUGUCUGGCAUGGAUUGUCAACUUGAAGGAGAGGAACGGUUUGUUGUUGUCGCCCAUAUUGCUCAAGAAAUCCGCAAAUCACGGCUUCAUUUCCAGCUAAAAAGGGCUGCUCAGGCACAGGCUGCCAAGCCCGGUAUAGCAAUAUCCAAUCUUCAAGAGCAAGUUUCCCACGGCCUCAAAGAAACAGGCUGGGAGCGUAAACUUCACAAUGCAGUUUACAAGCACCUUCUCAGCUACCCCAAGUCAUCCCACCCUAAUACCCCUUUGGAACACACCAAGGAACCCUUGACAUACAUCAGGAGGGCACAGUCUACUUGGGAGAAACGUAUCCUCAAGAGUUUGAACAGCAUGUGUACGGAGCUGUCUGUUCCUUUGGCCAGAAAGAGACCUCUCGCGGAACAGAAGGAACUAAGGGGAAGAUGGAAUGAGCUGGGUGCAGAGGAGCCUGAUUUGAGUGCCUUUCGGCCUGUCUAUGCCCCGAAAGAUUUCCUGGACAUGUUGAUCACUCUGAAGAAUCCCAAUGUUUCCUCUGGGCAACAGCUCGCUGGGGGUAUCAACAGCUGGGGCCUCAUCCAUUUGCCCUUUAAAGUCCAGACGUUGGAUGAGCUGAGAGAUCACUACCGGGAGUUUUCGGCUGGUACCCAACAGACUGGUGUCGAUGACCAUGCGGAUACCUCAGCAGAGCUCUUUGAAGCAGAGAGGAUGCGUUUAGGCCGGAAGAUUCUACAGGCCAACCACUCGGCACUAGCCCAGCAGUACGCCAAGACUGGAUGCCCAGGAGGAUUAAGGGCCAACAUGUGGGCCAGCAUGCUAGGUAUUGCCAUGGACGACAUCGACAAACUGUAUUAUGAGCAGCUAAGGAGCUAUGUGUUUCAGCAUGACUUGCUUGUAGACAGUCUUCUAUACAAGGACGUGAAGCUGACAGCGACCAAUGAUGACCAGUACUUUGUCUUUGAGGACCUCCUGUACCAGGUCCUGUUGGUCUUCUCCAGAGACACCCAGGUCCUCAGUCACUUCUCUAACAGCUCAGCCAACCCAGCCAAGUCCUAUAUCCGAGGAAUGUUAGGUGUGGAGGAAUAUGCAGUGAUAUAUCCACCCAAUGGCAUUAUCCCGUUCCAUGGCUUCUCAAUGUAUGUUGCCCCUCUGUGCUUUGUGUACAGUGACCCCUACAAGUUGUACUACAUCUUCCGUGAGAUGUACACGCGGCACCUAUUCAGACUACACACCAUAUCGUCUCACCCAGAGGGUAUCGUGUCCCUCUGUAUCCUGUUUGAGAGUCUGCUCCAGUCCAGCCAACCGCAGCUUUUCUACCAUCUCAGAGAAGUUGGUGCCCAGCCGCUGAGGAUAGCCUUUAAGUGGAUGAUGCGAGCUUUCUCCGGCUACCUCGCCAGUGACCAGCUGUUACUUCUGUGGGAUCGCAUCUUGGCCUACGGGUCUCUGCAACUGCUGGCCGUGGUAGCUGCAGCCAUCUUUGCAUUCCGACGUGUCAACCUAAUGGAGACAUCAUCGUUUGCCGCAGCUGAUGCUGUCUUGGCCGACCUGACAACUCUCCAGAUCAUUCCACUCACACAGAUCUUCAUGUUUCCGACAUAAUCCUUUCCAAUUUCACCGGAAAAUUGUAAAGGGGAGGGGCUAGCUCAUACUUCAGGGAAUGUUCAAGUUAAGGGAAUAUGACAACAUACUUUUGCAACAAAAUUCACUUGAGUUGAAAUGUUCAACUUUUGCAAAUUUGCAGUGCGAAUGUUUGAUCUGAUGUGACAAACUGAGUCUUCUUUAUUUUCACACUAAGUGUGAAUGCUUUGUACUACUUGACCCAGAUCUGCAUGCAUCUGUGUAAAGGAUUGUGUUGGUGUGCACUUGUUAUUUUCAAAGUUUUUUUGCGAGAGAGAAGUAUAUUUCCUGAAAAAUCUUUUU